CUGCAUUUGAAACAUUGGGGCCGUUAAAAAAGUUUAAACCCCAUCAUCUGUGCGAACGCAACAACGCAAGCGCCCAUUUUGUCAGUAGGGCCACACGUCCUCGAGCGCGUCCUUCACAUCGUCCUAUAUAGGCAUCUCUAGACUUCCUCUCUACGUCAAAGAUGCACCGACUGACAAUCCGACGUGUGGCCUCGCUGCGUCAGUCAAAUGCAUUGCAUGCUGCACGCUGGAACUCCACUUUGGGGGCGUCUAUCCCGUCCAGCCAGCGCACGCUCCACGCCAUCUACAAGCAGCGCGCAGACAGCGGCAACGUGACCUACGACCCCGUGCAAGUGCGCGCCGUUCACCACUUGGACGCUUUAUACGACGAAGUGGUAAGCUACGGAGGUCCCAAGCCGCAAGCGACCAAUACAAACUCCUCCGGUUCGUGGUGGCAGAAGCUGACGGGCAAGGAGGAGAAGACUGAACAGGAACCGAUUAACGCACCCAAGGGGUUAUAUCUCUACGGUGGCGUGGGCUGCGGUAAAACCUUCGUUAUGGACAUGUUCUUUGACAACGUUCCAGUGGAGCACAAGCUGCGCGUGCACUUCCACGAGUUUAUGUUGGACAUCCACAAGCGGAUGCACGAGCUGCGACGACAGGGUUUCCACGAAGAUCCUAUUCCUCACAUUGCAGACGAGUUAUUGGAGAACAGCUGGCUGCUUUGCUUCGACGAGUUCCAAGUGACGGACGUGGCCGACGCGUUGAUCUUAAGGAGACUGUUCUCAGCCUUGCUAGCCAGAGGAUUCGUGAUGGUCGCGACGUCCAAUAGACCACCCAGUGAUCUGUACAAGAACGGACUACAACGUGAGCUUUUUGUGCCGUUUAUUGAUUUACUGGGAGAACGCUGCAACGUCGUAUCACUGGAGGACUCGACCACGGACUACCGCGUGCUGAAAGGUGCCAUUCAUGCUGACAAUGUGUACGAAUAUCCGAUCACUCCGGACACGCGUGCUGCAUUCGACUACGAGUUCAUGACGUACUGUAAAGGAGAGGAAACAGUGGCGACGUACGUGACCACACAGGGACGUAAAGUGCACGUACCGGAGGCUGCCGUGGAAGCUGGAGCUUGCCGUUUUACGUUCAGUGACCUGUGCGAUAAACCUCUAGGAGCAGCAGAUUAUCUGGCGAUUGCAGAAGCGUUCUCCGUUGUAUUUGUGAGUGAUAUUCCUCUGCUCAACGCCGAGAAACUGAACCAGAUGCGACGAUUCAUCACGUUCGUUGACUGCAUGUACGAUCGGGAUGUGCGGUUGCAUUGUCUAGCACCGGAAAGUCCCGAGCGUCUUUACCAAGUGGACGUUAACAUGAAAUCACAUGUCGACGAGGUCUUCGCGUUUGAUCGCACGGUGUCUCGCCUCGUCGAGAUGGGAAGCGAGGCAUAUUUGCUGGCACACAGCGAGCGACAGGAAGAAUUGCGUGGCCAAUCUCGUGCUCACUUGUUCUUGGCUCGUGGCAAUAUUGAAAGUGCUGGUGAGGUGGUGCAGGACGAAGAAGAUGAAGACGACGAGGAGCCCCAGACUGCAAGUGCGGGGAAGUAGAUCCCGGUCAACGCAGCUAAUUAAUGCUUCUCAGUCUGUACAAACAACGAGCGACGUAUCUAAUGAGAUGGACACUGCAAGUGGGCACUCUAGUGAUUUUUGGGAUUGGAAUAUGAGGAAAAGACUCACAAUUGUCUCUGUUUAUUGCGGCCUAUUGUUUGUGCGUCGUCAUUCAAGCUCGUCCAUUCUUCUUCAUCUUUUCCAUAGCUUUGGUAAACUUCUUGAUAACUUCCUUUUCGUCUUCAUCGCUGUUAAGUCGGCGACUCGCAGGUUUCUUCUCGAACUUCGCAAUCGCAACCUUGAACGCAUCCAGAGGAGACGGAGUCAUUACAUCUUCGGCACGGAGGGACCGCACCGCGUCGAUCGAUGCUGGUGCCAGAGCAAGCGCCACGCAGCUCAGCACUGCUACAAUCUGCGUCGUCUUCAUUGUUCACUCACUGCGGUGGAUUAAAAAUGAAGAGGCUCUUGAGUAUUG